GUUUUUUUUAAACCGUCCAGUAAAUCUAAGGCGAGCCAUCACGUGCCUGACACGCUAACGACCCAGCAAAUUAAAGUUGUAAACCUAAUGACAAGUUAAUGGCCGAGCUAUUCUCAAGGUCGAAUCAAGGUCACGACACUUUUUAGCGUGGUGUAAAGAGGGUCGUAAUUUUUUCGUUUUUUUACGACUACCAAUGUCACCCUGUUACGUCUGCUAGCUGUAUCCAGCUGACGACACGCCUGGAGGCCCGUGUUAGGAUGUUGUGAGCACUAGGCUACACGCGUGUCUGGGCCGAGUGUCUAGUCCCCGUGUCAAUGUGUUUGGUCCCUGUGUCAACAGUCUAGUCGCUGUGUCUAAGUGUCUCAUUGUCUAAACACCUGGUUGAGGUGUAAACUAGUUUCACAAGCCAGGAUAUUUUUCUCACCAUUUCAUUGCAGGAAAACGGCAACUUCCGGCUUGAAUGUUCCCAUCUUGAUCGCAACAGCACUGAAGGCCCUAUCAAACUAUGUACGGGACGUAGUGACGUAGUGAUGAACGCCUUGUGUGCAAAACGUCGCAGUAGGGCCGCGGACCGUUCCAACAAGCGACGGUUGAUGCACAGCACUGGUCACAACAUUGUGUCGGUGGGCAUAGAGGACAAGUACAAGAAGUUCCUGUCUGAUCUGUACACAACUCUCAUAGACAUACAGUGGAGAUGGAACAUCCUCAUCUUCGUCAGCGGGUUCGUCGUCUGCUGGGUGGUGUUUGCCGGCCUGUACUACCUCCUGUGUUACCUGCACGGCGACAUGGAGGAGGAACAGGAGCCUAGCUUCACGCCGUGCCUGGAGAACGUCCGGACCUUCACGGCCGCAUACCUGUUCUCCAUAGAGACCAUGAUGACCAUCGGCUACGGCUCGCGCUUCCAGACGGAGGAGUGCCCGGGGAUGUACAUGGCUGUCAUGCUGCAGUCCAUCAUAGGGGCGGGGCUGCAGUUCGCUCUGGCUAGUAUCGUGGUCUCGAAGACCAGAAGAGCUAAACGCCGCAGUCAGACGAUACUAUUCAGCGACAGGGUGUGUAUAUACGAGCAGGACUCUAAACUGCAGCUGUCUAUUCGCAUCUGCGAUAUUCGGGAGUCGGAAAUCUCCGGGGCGCACGCUGAAGGCUUUCUCGUCAAGAAAUUCAAAUCAAAUGACGGGACGUUCAUUCCUGUCCGAUCGUUCAGGGUCAGCUUCAAGGCCGAGAGUGGACGAGACGAGAUCUUCUUCCCCUGGCCGACUCACAUCCUGCACGUGGUGGACGAGGACUCGCCUCUCUGGUCGCUGGCCAGGGACGAGCUGUUGAAUGGCGAGUACGAGCUGAUUGUGGUGGUAGACGGCGUUAGCGGCACCACCAGCAGACCAUUCCAAGCCAGGAAGUCGUACCACACCAGUGAGAUGAUGUGGGGGCACAGAUUUGUCACACUGGGCUUGACCUUCAACUCCGCGGGCUCCUACGUGAUGGACCUGACCCACUUCCACAACACUUUACCGGCCUGCACGCCCCUGUGUAGCGCCCAGGACAUCACAACCUUCAGAAAACUCUACCCCAAAACCACCAGCCUCUCCACCGACAAACUCAGCGAAUCCGGCGACAGCCAGACGUUGUCAGGGGCAACCAGCUCUCCCAGUAUGGCCGACGAGGUCGUCGCGACGCCGUCAAAAAAACGAUCACUUCCGGGUCGUUCUUUAAGCCUGGAAGAAGACCCGUCCAAGCGGUCUUUGUAUCUCUCUAACCGUCGCUGCUCUCUAGGGGACAUGAUACGCGCCUCCCAGGGGACCGACAGGGCGCGGCACAAACGCCACUCCCUCGGGGACGCCCUGAACAUCUACCGUCACCGCCGCAGCAUCACCGAUACCUACCUGGGCACCGGCAUCGACGAGGAGUCGGAGGACGACUACGACAGCAACCAGGCCAUCCUGACCGUCGUGUCGCAGAGGUCGGCCGGCAAGAGGACCGACGUCAGGGAUUUGUUCAAGCGCAGGAAAAGUUCCGGCACGCACCUGUUCUUCGGCACGGAAUCGGAACUUUCCGAAAACAGCAGCGCCGCGGAUGAAGCUAAAGCUUGAUCCAUUGUUUGGAACCA